AUGGCCGCUUUUCACGCCAUGACGUCCCCCGCACUAACUGGCGACGGCGACCUCGGCUUAUUUGCUAUGCAGUCCCGUUCGCCGUCCACGUCAUUCGAAAACGCAGAUCAGGUACAUACAUCCACUCUUGCCACCGACCCUACCAGCGUUCCUUUCUAUCCUAGUCAAGCCCCCUCGGUCGUCUCCGCUACCACUUUGCGUCGUUCUGCGCCUUCGUCGGUGGGACCAUUGGUCACAUCCAACGCCGCCUCGGGCUCCACUAUGCCCGCAUCCUCGGUAUCAAAGUCCAGCUUGACUUCAUCCAUCACUUCAUCUGGCUUGACUGCCUUGUCCCUGCACGAAGAAAUCACACAGCACUCCGCGCGCGAGACCACACAUGCUUCUUCAUCCACCUCGCCCACUUCUGCCGCUUCCAGCUCCGAUAACAGCAAUCAAAACGUCUCCGCUAAAAGUAUCUCCUCGCUGGGCUCCAACUAUCUAUCAGCUACCGAGAAUCCUAUUUCUGCUUCCAUCCCUACGAAUCUUUCCUCAAUUGCCCCACAACAGCCUGCCGCUUCAGUCUCGUCGCAGACAAGCGCCACAACGGCGUUGUCGCCCCCCUCGAGGUCAUCACCACCCUCUUCUUCUUCACAGCGAAGCAUCGCUUCCACCGCCACUAUCACCCAGUCCCGCCUUCCAUCCUCGCGCUCUUUCGCGUCGUCCUUAGCUGGUGACAAGCAGGCUCUGAGCGUGGAACAGGAGCUCAACGCCGAUCUCGACCUGGAAUCCACAUCUGCAUCACCACUCGACUCGAAUCUUCAUUCAAGAAACAGUGUCAUCUCAGCGCGUUCAUCUCGACGCAGUUGUAGAUCGGGUGUACCAGCCAUAUCGGAUCGUCUCCCCGUCGGAGAAGGUGGCCCACAAGCUCCACCCCGAAACGCCUCUUUCCGUGAAGCCUCCAAGCGUCUCUCUUCUGGGCUUGGCCACGGCGAUCUUGGUAUUGAUUCGUACGCUGCUUCUGGCGUCAGUCCCUCGUCACCUUGCAUGACCAGCUUCUUGGAUCUCGACUCGCCCACUUCGUCAGAGUCUAGCGUAGCUGGCAGAUAUCCUCUCCCGAGCAGGAGGACCUCUUUGCGCGCUGUAUCUCCUAGGACCCCCACUUUUGGUCUCGAUCCUUCUGCAACAGCUGCAACUGCCUUGUCAGCUUCGCGCCCUGCAUCACGUCCAUCAUCGCGACCUGCAUCAUCCGGCAGCAAAUCAGCAUUGCUCUGUGCAUCAUCUGCAAGACCGGAGACAGAUGCACAGACGGCUUCCAAGUCUUCCAACAACACACUUGCCCUCGACCGCGAAGCCAUGCAGCGUUGGGUGCUUUCCGUCGGCUGCGUCAACUUUGAUCUCGAAUUGGGUCCCGAUCUUGAGUUUCUCUAUCCUCCGCUCGGCAUCAGUCGCGAAGAGCGUGACAACAUAGCUUUCUCAUCGUUCCCAGACACUUCCAUUUUUGACGACGGUUCGCUCGUCUUUUCAUGGCGUGUGCGUGAGGUUCCGCUCGAUUCCUCAGAAUCUGAACCGCCGACCAUCAAAAGUCUCAACGACGCGCUACAACAACCACCCAUCCUGGCAGAUGAAGAGACGCCACGUCCAUCCAUGAACAAGGCUGCGCUCCACAAUGCCGGCACUCAAGCUCAAAAGAAGAAGACGGAAUCAAACUUGUCUUUACCAACCAGUUCCAUUACUCCACCUACGUCUCAUCUCAGGGGAUCGUCUGUUUCCUCAGCGACCAGCUCGCAGUCGCUAUCCAGACACGGAUCGGACGCAAACUUGCGCAGCGCAGAAUCUCCGAGCAUGACAUCUACCACUUCGUUUCACGAUCGCCUAGCUCAAAAGCUCUUUUCGUCGUCAAGCUCCUCAGCCAUGGCCAGGCACUUUUCGCAUGAUCGGCACAGCAGUGCGCAUUCUUUGAGCUCCGCCUCGGCAGACGACGAUGGCGAUGCUGGCACUGCGGUCACGACAACUUCUUCUUCUUCCUCAGCUGCUUCCACCGGCGGCCAUGGCUCCAACAUCUCGCCGACUGCAAGCUCUGUCUCCACCAUCGCCAAUUCGUCGAUCCAAACCAGCGAUCUCAUUCAUACAAAACGUUCACCGGGCAACAGCACCAGCAGCAGUUACAUUUACGGUUACGUGUUUUUUCGUCAGAAGCGCGACUCCACCAACCGACGUGGAUACUUCCAGAAAUCCAUCGUCAUCCUCUCUCACUUGCCGCUUGUUGGGCUAUUUAGCGAAGUUGUCGCUCGCCUCGGGCCACUGUACUUUGAGCAUGGCAUGUCGAUGCUCGAAGCCUUCGCUAAUGAUGUCAUGUCCUGGCCGGCGCCGCAACCAGGUACUAUCCUGACAUUACCCUUGCUAGGCAGCAUCCUUACAGCAGCGAUACCCUUCGGCCAGCAACCGCAAAAUUCGCCCAACGCCGAAUCUGCCCCCAUGCAGUCGUUGAGCCUUUCGGCGUCCAAUACAAACUCUUCCACAGGCGGCUUCAGACACACAGCCACCAUGACAAUCCGAUCUCGCUCCAGACAAUCCAGCGCUAACGGCUCGACCAACCGACAACUUCCGGAACCCCUGAUUGGUCCUGAAGGGCCACUGCUCGCGUCGAUUCCAGCCACUUCGCUCUUUGAGACAUUCAAAGAAGCUCUGGCAGACCUCUGGCUGCUUUGGGAAUGCGUACUGCUUGCCGAACCGAUCCUUGUCAUUGCACCGGAACCCAAAAUUGCAAGUGAAGCUGUGUGGCAUAUGCUUGAUUUGAUUCGUCCCAUCCCGUACGCGGGAGAUUUCCGACCCUACUUUCACAUCCACGAUUACGACUUUCGAACGUUGGUGACCAAGAACAAGCCUCAGGCAGGGACGCUGAUCGCCUCGACUAAUCCCUUCUUCGCGACGGCGUGUGGCCACUGGCCGCAUGUCUUGAGGGUUGGGAAAGCGGCAGUCAAGUUGAUCACCAUCAAGCACGGAGGUGGAAGCGGCGGGGGAUCUAAGAAAGCAGUGGGUGGUGGUAGCGGCGGUCUCGUCGGCGGCGGGAUCGGUGGUGGGCACGGAGCCGGUGGAGGAGGGCCUGACCAUAUCCCCGGAUUCACCACCAAACGCAAACGCCGUAUCAGCAAAGACCGACAAUUGCUCAAACGGUUGCAAGACCUGGCGACGUCCGCAACCAAAUCUGGGCUGAACGACGAGGCUGCGAUUUCGGCUGCGAUUGCAUCUGCCAAUGUGACGAUGCGACGCUACUUUGCCGAUCUGACCGAACGCUUCCUUUCACCCUUGAAUCGAUACGUGGCGUCGUUGGUGCCUGCAUCGUUCGAUCUAUCUUCGCCAUCAGAGGUGCCCAAGAUCCGGCCUUUCAACACGACAGAUUUCCUGGCCAGCUUAAAGAUGCAUGGCACGCCGUUGGCUGUUCGAUCUAGGUCGCUGCCGACAGGAGCGAGUGUACGCCAGAGUCUGUACAUGGAUUUCCUGCGAUGCCCCAACUUCUCCCUGUGGUUGCACAGUAGGGUAGCUGCAGCUGAGGAGGAACAGCGUCGUCGAUACAUUGCUUCGCUCCUCCACGGCGAUGUAACUACCUUUGGUUCGACCAAAGGCGAGAUCGAGACCAUCGAUCUGUACUCUCGCUUGGUCGAGCAGAUCCGGUUGGUCGAUGUUCAGUUGACCAGUCCGACCGAACCGGGUCCGGGGAGCAGGUGGAGAACGGAAACGGCUUCCAGCCUGAACGUGAACGUGAAUGGAUCAGGGAGAAACACACCUACGCUCGUGGCCAACAGUGCGAGCAUGUCAACGGAGAAGAGGUUAAGGGAUCAGAAGCACAAGUUGAUGCGUCAGCUCGACAAGUUGUGUCAGACACUGCCGGAUGAUUUACGGAGUAGUUUGAAUCGCCCCGCUUAG